CAAGUCUGUACACGCUACCACACCGGUUUGCGAUAGUUGCUAACCACGCUAUGCAAACCCGGCGUUCUUUUUGUCAGUGAGUACAUGUUGCAACUCAAGUUUUAGUUUCGUAUUCAGUUGCACGUCAACGUUCACUCAGUGAGGUUCUGUAAUUCUCCGUAACUUAAUCUGUGCUUUUGCGUUGAUGCUUAAAACACCAAAACUAAACUUUUAUUUUAUUUAAAUUUUAUAAAAACAAAUUCAACACAAUAUUUAAAAAUUUGAAAGUGUGCUGUCGUAAAUUAUUUAACAAUUAAACAAAUUUACGUAAUUAUAAAUAAUAACAAACAUUACCAUGUUUUCGUUACAUGCUGAAUUAACUUAAAAAAUUAAAGCAAGAUUAAAUCGUGAGGUUAAAAGUGUGUGUUUUAAAUAUAAUUAUUUCCGGAGUCUUGAUAAUAUUUAAAAGUGUCAGUGAGGAUAAUUUAAACGGGUUUAUGUGAAGAAUAUCGCGUGUGCAAACAAACGACGAUCAACGACCACGACGGUGUGUACCGACAAAUAGACAAACAUAUCUUGGUUAUAAGUUUAAACCGAGUAAACAUAAGAAAGUCGUGAUCCCGCGAAAAAAAAAUAUUUUUUAAAAAUUCACUUUGACAAUUUUGCCGCCGAAACUAAAAAUGUCUCUUAAAUAUUACACUUAAUUAUUAAUGGUUAAUAUUUACUGAGAAGAUAAAUAAUAUAUUUAAAUUUAAAUUUAAAAAUUAGUGGUAAAAAAAAGUAACCAUGGCAAAGAGCAGAAUAAUUUUAUCAAGGUGCUGUAUAUAUUAUAUACAUGCGCUCGUGAUGUUUAGUAUGAUUGUAUUAGUUAUCGCAGGACCUCCACCUCCACGUGACGACGAACUCGAGGAGUACUGCUUAAUGCACAGGUUCGAUAAAUUGCCGGGUGGUCUGAGAUUUACUAAAGAAGUUGUUAGCACAGAGUAUGCUAAUGUCGGGGCAUUUAAAGCGAUACAUUGCUGUCUACGCGGUUACAGGAGUAUUGAAUGGUAUAAAGAUGAUAGACCAUACCCGUGGCCAGGGGCACUGAGUCAUUUUAUUUUGUUCCCGGAGAGUGCCAAUCAAACAAUUUAUACACGUGCUGCUAGAGUUUCUGAUGCUGGAAUUUAUUCAUGCAGAGCUAGAAAUGAUACUGAUACAUUAUCUAGUGAUAUUAGUUUAGGAAUUGUCGGAGAAGACUCGAGUGGAUACACGGGAAAGCCAUUACCCACGUAUAAGCCAAUAUCUCAGUUGGUGCCUUUUGGAGAUGCGGCGCGGCUCUUUUGCGAGGCUUACUUAGGCAAAGUUGAUUUACCAGACGCUAAAAAUUCAGUUACUUGGACAAAAGCUGGAAGUAAUAUUACUUUUUCAAAUACCGGAAGAGUAUCGAAUCAUCGUGUAUCCCGAGAAGACGAUCAAAUUGUUGGAUGUUACUUGGAAAUUGAAUCAACGAUACCAGAGGAUUAUGGCGAGUAUGAAUGCCGAAUCAGCAACGGCGCGGAUGAGGAGAUGACGCUAUCAGCUUACAUUUAUCGUCGAGAACCUCAUUUCGACUUUGGACUACGCUCAGGCUCAUGGAGAAAAGCUCUGUUAUUUGCAGUCCUAGGUCUCGUUCUAUUUGUAUCUAUUGGCGCAUUUUUCGUCAGAUGUUGGCUCCCAAUGGCUGUUAUUUGUCAUAAUAAAUUCCAAAAAUCCACAGAAAAUGAUGGUAAAGAAUUUGAUGCAGUAGUUUGUUAUCAUGAAAAAGAUGCAGCACUUGCAGUCAACACACUGAUACCUACUUUAAAGACAAAGUAUAAUUACAAAUGUUCGACACUUGAAUUAACGCAUUUGACUCGUAACUGGAAUUUGGAAAUAGGAUCAAGUGCUUCGUCAUCUCGCAGAGUAAUUGUAAUAUUAAGUCCGAAUGCGCUCGAAAAUGAAUGGACAGAUACUAAAGUAACUCAAGCAUUGAAACAACUGUCUCUGAUAUCAAACCAAGUAGUUGUUAUUAUUUUAAAUGAACUGUCAAACGUAGCAGCUUUUGCUAAAUCCACUGGACACUGUGUCGACGCAGCCUGUGCAGAUGGAAUUGUCCUUGACAAAAUGACCAUACUGAGAUGGAAAGUUGAUUCUGAAAAAGACACCGGCGGUUAUAAAUUUUGGUGUAGACUCAGACUGGCUCUGCCCCCCGUAAGAUCAACACCCACAGAAUCCUCGCCGGAUUUUCAAACGAGGUGUCAAUCUGUUGCUAUGAUCGUACAAAAUAAUAAUAAAUCCACUCCACAAAAGACUCAAUCUCGUGAGAGCUUAGAAGUGCUCGUGUAAAAUUUUUUUAAAUUAUAUUCUGUCAUGUUUCAUAUUAAAACUUUUUUUUUACUUAUUACUUUGUAGAUUCAUUGUAAUAUUAAUAUUAUAUUUUUUUUUAGUCAGUAAAAAUUAUUGUAAAUAUUUAAGUCUAAGUCUUAGCGUAUGAUGUUGCAAGUUGCCUGCUAAAUUUCUUUUUUUUCUAUAUUUAUUAUUUAAUUACAAAAAAUAUUUAUCUUAAUUAUUUUUACGUAAGUUUACUUCCGCUUAUUACGAGCGACUAAAGAAAUAUUUCCAAAUAAUUGGAAGCAUUAAAUGAUUGAUAAUUUUAACAACUACUUUUUAUUUUUGAAGUGAAAAAAAAAAAUGUAAUGAACUUUUUUAAAGGCUGUUUUUUUGGAAAAAAUUAUCGUUUUAAUUUAAUUAAGACAAAAGUAUUUUAAUACUUUGUAUAGUUUUAUAUAAAACAUCAUAAACGUCAUCCAAAUGAAUUUUAUUUUUUUUUUGCGCGUAAACGUUAUCUUACUGCCAGUAUUAUAAAAAAAAAAUGUUAAAAAAACUUAUGUAUACUGUAAGUAAAAGAUGUGUUUAGACAAGAUAUUUACUUAUAUAUAAAUAGUCAGAGUAAAAUUGUAAAUUAUAAAAAAAAUCCAUAAAAAAGAUUUUGUUUUCGGGUAAAUAAAAUGUACGUACGGAAUAGAAUAUUAUUUUUAAUGAAUCAUAAGCUCAAGCGUACGUACUAGUAAUUUCAAAAAAUAAAACGAACGUUUUUUUAAUAGAGAAAAAAAAUCUACGUAAAUAAAUAAACAAAUAUGAGUAUUAUAAAUAUAUUAUUAAUUAUAAUAUGAUUUUAAAUGUAUACGCUUUUGUUAUUAUCUUUAUUACUUUAGGCACUUGUACUUGGGAAUAAAUUUCUCAUUUAAUCUUUUAUUUUAUUUUAUUUUUUUUACUUUCCCGUUUAUUGUUUAUAUUAUUAUUAUUUUUACUAGUGAAUAAGAUAAAGUUAAUAAACUAAAUUUACAUUUAAUGUACAGCGUUAAUUAUUUUAUCAUUUUUCUUGGAGUUAUUAAUGAAUCAACUGAAUGAUUAUUAAACUUAAAAAUAAUAAUAGUUGACAGAUUUAUUAUUUUUGUACAACGUUUCGUUCUGUCGGAACUUUAUCAAGUGCUGAUUAUUAUGAUUAUAUCGUAUAGUUAUGGUCAUUCUCAGACAGUGCUCCCACUUUCUAAAAUAUUCAAUGACUUAAUUGUAAUGAAAGUAUUAAAAUUUUGAUAAUUUAAAAAAAGUUUGAGCAUUAAUUUAAAAAAGGACAAUUUCGCUGAGAUAUAGACCUAAGAAAAAAUUACAGUCGCUAUCAAUUAGGAGUUGAACAAAAUUUGAAAAUUGGAAUUAUAAAAUUGACAUGAAGAUUUUACUGAAAUUUACUCAACAAAUUUUUUUUAAUUCCAAAUUAAUAUCAAUUGUCAGUAAUUUUUUUUUUUUAAAUUCAUAUCUCAGCAAAAUUGUUCUUUUUUCAACUAAUGCUUUAAUUUAUUGAUAAAACUUUAAUACGCUUAUGAAAAUUGAGUCAUUAAAAAUUUUUAAAAAGUGGAGACUGAAAAUGGCCUCAAAAAUUAAUCAAAAUUUAACCUUCUUAUUAAAUUUACUCUCCAGUCUAAAAUUAAAAAAUAAUGUAUAGUAUACGGAAAAAAAUAGUAGUGGUUAUUCUCUCCUGAUUAAAUAUAUUCAUUGAAAAGGACUGAAAAUUAUUUCAAUUCUUUUCAAUUUCACGGAGGUUUUGGAAAGUAUUGAAUGGAAUUGAAAUUUCGAUCAUUUGAAUACUUUCUAAUUCUUAAAAUGGAAUUCAGAAGUAUUGAAAAGAAUUCAAUUUUUUAUCAUUUCAAUACCUUCCAAUAUGGAAUUAUUUUGGUAUUGAGAAGGAUUCAGAAAGAUUCAAAAAUUUCAAUUCAUUUGAAUUCUUUUCAAUCUUGCACUCGAUCCGAAAUAUCGAACUAUUUUGGUAUUGAAAAGGAUUCAAAAAUUUCAAUUCUUUUCAAUCCCAUACGUGACUCUAAAAUUCGAAACUUUUUUGGUAUUGAAAAGUAUUCAGAAAGAUUAAAAAUAUCAAUUUAUUUGAAUCUUUUCCAAUUCCUCGGAAGUUUAGAAAUUCUUAUAUUAUUUUGGAAUUGAAAAGUAUUAAUUUUAUGUCCAAAUGAGAACCUUGGGUUAUAGAAAGUAUUCAAAAGGAUUCAAUUCUCAUCUUUUUCAAUACUUUUCAAUGAUCAUUUUUAAUCAGGGCUGGGAUAGUACUGAGUACUUUCUGUAAAAAAAAAUUGUAGACAGUACUGUAUGCUAUCUAGACUGAAUCCACUACUGCCCGGGAUAGUACUCAGUACUAUCCAGAGAACAGUGGAUAUAGUCUAGAUAACAUACAGUACUGUUUAAAAUUUUUUUUUACAGAAAGUACCCUACUAUCCCAGAGAGUAGCCACUACUAUUUUUUUUCCGUGUAUAUAUUUAAUUAUUCUAUUUCUGGUUACAGUAUUUCUAAAAUUCCGAAAGGAACGAAAAGUUAUACAAAAAUAGUAAAUAAAUUAUUAAAUAACAAACUUGUUCAAAAAAUUUCCUGCUACUAUUAAUUCAUGAAGAUGGACAUGAGCCAACGUAAUUAAUAAUAAAAAUGUCAUUAAAAUAACUUAGACACUAAUAAAUAAAUCAAUUUUUUUGACAGUAAAUUAUUGUGAUGAAAAAUGAUUUAAUUUACUUAAUUAUGCAUUACAAUUUCGUUAAUUAAUUUUUUUUUCUUGU